UCCUUUUGGUUUUUUGAUUUUUUCUUUUUUUUUUUUUUUUAAUCUAAUGAUUAUUCCAAUGGUUUCGGUGGGAGGCUGGACUGCAGCAGCGGGCGGAGGUGACAUCACGCCUCUCCGCUGUUGACAAGCAGGCUGCUGCCCCUCCAUGGAUGCCCGCAGAUGACAGUGAGAGCACCGCGGCCAUUAGGCAAAUAGCGACCCGUCCCGGGUCUUGGGACAGUUUCCUGUCCAAGCGAUGCCGAAAGGAUUAUAUCUAAUCCCAACAGCUGGAAGGAGCGCCUCGUCUGUCCGCCGCCGAUCCCCUAAUAACAGCCAUCAGGCAUUCUGCGGACCGCUUUUUCUGCUAAUACAUAAUGGUGUCGCUGGUGGACAACAGUGAAAAACGAUCCAAAACAUUCGCCACACAUUUACAUGACACGGAGUAGGUUCAUGUUUUGCAGCCGAGAAUGGGUUGCAUCAGGGCCUUUCUGCAGAGAGCAAGAGGAAAGGUGAAGCUGGACCGGGUCCGGGAGCUGGGCCGGCAAUACCCGGUCUUCUGCUUUCUGCUGCUGCUCCUACUGCUGACCACUCUGCUUUUAAACAGAUAUAUUCACAUCAUCAUGGUGUUUUGGUCCUUCCUGGCUGGAGUGGUGACCUUCUACUGCUCUUUGGGGCCUGAUUCUCUACUGCCCAACGUCUUCGUCUCUAUUAAACCAAACACAAAGUCCUUCCAGCAGGAGCUAUUUCCACUGGGUCACAGCUGUACUGUGUGUGGAAAAAUCAAAUGCAAAAGGCACAGACCAACUUUGUUACUGGAAAACUAUCAACCAUGGCUGGACCUUAAAGUUCCCUCUAAAGUGGAUGUUUCUCUCUCAGAAAUUCUGGAACUUGUUCUGGAGAAUUUUGUGUAUCCUUGGUAUAGAGGCAUCACAGACGAUGAAGCAUUUGUCGACGAGCUUAGGGUGACACUACGGUUCUUUGCGGCUGUGUUGGUUCGCCGGAUCCAAAAGGUGGACGUGGCUUCACUCAUCACACGAAAGCUGCUUAAAGUUUCCAUGAAACACAUUGAGAUCAUUAGCAAAGCAAGGCAAAAAGUAAAAAACGCAGAGUACCUUCAACAAGCUGCCCUGGAGGAGUACGGACCUGAUCUCCACGUGGCCCUUCGGAGUCGCAGAGAUGAGCUCCUCUACCUCAGAAAGCUGACUGAGGUGCUCUUCCCCUACAUCUUACCGCCCAAGGCUACGGACUGCAGAUCUCUUACUCUCCUGAUAAGAGAAGUCUUGGCUGGUUCUGUCUUCCUUCCUUCAAUGGACUACUUGGCUGAUCCUGAUACAGUGAAUCAUUUAAUUUUGAUAUUCAUAGACAAUUCCCCUCCUGAGGAAGCCACAGAGCCCAUUUCAGCAUUGGUUCCGUUUCUCCAGAAGUACGCAGAUACUCGCAACAAAAAGGCCUCAGUGCUGAAGCUGGAGCUAAAGGAGAUCAGAGAGCAGCAAGACCUUCUUUUUCGUUUCAUGAACUUCCUGAAACAAGAGGGCGCCGUCCACGUGCUCCAGUUCUGUCUAGCGGUUGAGGAAUUCAACGACAGGAUUUUGUGCCCCGAGCUGUCGGACACAGAGAAGAUGAUGCUCCACGAGGAACUGAAUAAGAUUUACGAGACGUACUGCUUGGAUGAGAGUGUCGACAAGAUCCGUUUUGACCCCUUUAUAGUGGAAGAAAUACGGAACAUUGCUGUAGGCCCGUAUACAGAGGUGGUGAAACUGCAGACCAUGCGGUGCUUGUUUGAAGCCUAUGAGCACGUUCUGUCCCUCCUGGAGAACGUUUUCACCCCCAUGUUCUGUCAUAGUGACGAGUACUUUCGCCAGCUUCUGAGAGGAGCCGAGUCCCCUGCCAGGAAUUCCAAGAUGAGCAGAAAUAGCCUGAGUCUGGAUGAUAUAAGUUCCUGGGACUGGAGCCCUGAGUCCCUGUCCUCACUCUUCAGCGUCUCUGGCAGCUCCUCACCUGCAUCCUUUAACUCCCUCCAUGCCCAGUCCACGUUCACAAACUUCCCAUAUGGCUCGCUAUCCCACCGCCACUCAUCGCCCAAGAGCUCUUCAAAGAGAGGAGAGUCCUUUGGGAUCAGCCGCAUUGGCAGUAAGAUCAAAGGAGUGUUCAAGAGCACCACCAUGGAGGGAGCCAUGCUGCCAUCCUAUGGGCUGGUAGAGGGAGAGGAUGAUAUGGUGGAGGAAGCCAUGAUGGUGCUUGAGGAUGACUCCCCCAUGGAGGCAGCCUCUACCCCGAGCACCCCUCGAAACCUCUCAGCUUGGAGCAUCACCAUCCCGUACAUUGAUUUCUAUGAUGAUGAUAUAAAGAGGGAGAGAAUUCCCGUGUUCUGUAUCGACGUGGAGCGUAAUGACCGGAAGGCAGUGGGACAUGAGACUGAGCACUGGUCUGUGUACAGACGAUAUCUGGAGUUUUAUGUCCUUGAGUCAAAGCUCACUGAGUUUCAUGGCUCCUUCCCAGAUGCACAGUUACCUUCUAAGAGGAUAAUCGGCCCAAAGAAUUAUGAGUUUCUAAGAUCCAAGCGGGAGGAGUUUCAGGGCUACCUUCAGAACCUUCUGCAGCAUCCUGAGCUGAGCAACAGCCAGCUGUUGGCUGACUUCCUGUCUCCCUAUAGCAUGGAGUCUCAGUUCCUGGACAAGAUGUUACCUGAUGUGAAUCUUGGGAAAAUCAUUAAGUCAGUGCCCAGCAAACUGAUAAAAGAGAAAGGGCAACAUCUAGAGCCUUUCAUCCAGUCGUACUUCAACUCCUGUGAAUCUCCUAAACCAAAACCCAGCCGCCCUGAGCUCACGAUCCUGAGCCCCACCUCAGAGAAUGAUAAAAAGCUCUUCAAUGACCUCUUCAAAAACAAUGCCAACCGAUCAGAGAUGACAGAGAAGAGACACAAUCAGAACUACUUCAUGGAAAUGAUCACUGUUGAAGGGGUGUAUGACUACUUAAUGUAUGUGGGCCGUGUUGUCUUUCAUAUUCCUGACUGGCUGCACCACCUUCUCAUGGGUGGUAGGAUCCUGUUUAAAAACACCCUGGAGGCUUACACAGAUCAUUACCUUCAGCACAAAUUGAACCAGGUGGUCCAGGAGCACCGGCUGGUCUCUCUCAUCACCCUGCUUCGAGAUACAGUUUUCUGCGAGAGCAGCCUGCCCCGCUCUGCCCCGGACAAACAGAGCAGGGCAAAGAGGACCUUCGAUGAGAUGAUGCGCUAUAUUCCAGAUUUAUUGACGAAGUGCAUCGGGGAAGAGGCCAAGUUUGAAGGGGUACGCCUUCUCUUUGAUGGAUUGCAGCAGCCGGUUCUCAACAAACAGCUGACAUAUGUGUUACUGGACAUAGUGAUUCAGGAACUUUUUCCAGAGCUGAACAAGCAGGUACAGAAAGAGACUUCUCUGGUGGCUUCAUGGAUGUGAUGGCUUCGUUUUUUUUAUUUGAGCUAAGAUUCAGGUCUGAAAUGAACUCAUCCUUUAAGCCCUGAUGUUAUCAUGUGCCUUGGGUUAUCCAAGUAUGUCAUUUCACACCUGGAAUUAUGAAUGAGUCUGCAUUCAUCUUGACUGGCCACGUGACCCGGUCCGGCUGCACAACCUUUUUUGCCAAUAAUCUGCAUUGCACAAAGUCAGUUGUGGACAUUACACUGUUUUUUUUGUCGUAAAUUUAUUCUAUUUAUUGAUUUCAAUUUCAAUUUAUUUAUUGACCAGGAAAAUCUCUUUAUAUGGCAAAUAUGCUAUCAAAAUUGGAUCAAACUACAUUACAUGAUAUAAACUUUUGAAAACUGCCCAUCGAUGUCCUUUAUUUUUUUAUUAAAGACCUUGCUUAUACGACCAGAAUUAUUCUCCUCUCUGGUAUUGAUAUUUGAGGCAAAGAGUGAAAUAAAGCUCCCUGGGUCAACAAGUCAGACAGAUAUCUUCUGAUACAUCCACCUCAACUUUAAAUAAUCAGAGCGCUAUGGCAAAGAUAACUUUUAGAAAAAUUAUUCCAGAGGAUGCUGCUUCAUAGUGGCCUAGAGAAAUUUUUUGUUUACACUGUUAAACGGGCAACAUGCACCCCAUGUCCUCCAUAUUAUCUCAAAGUUUUGCUUAUGCAUCUUGUGUGUUUAUUCAUGUACUCAGACCUGUCAACUUGGACUUUUGUCACCCAAGUUUCAUAUUAAUUCCAGGUGUAAAUAUGAUCUUACAGUAACUGAUCCAGAUGGUUGCUGUUGCAAAAGAGGGAAAUAAAGAUUCCUCCUGUUAAAUUUGUGUGUAAUUGAUUUGUAAAAUAAGUAUCCUAAUAUAAAAAUAUUUACAAUAUAGAUCAAUGCUAAGAGAAAGUGCAGCUAACAGUGUAAUAGUGUGCUUGUGUUUUAACAACUGCUGUUGACUGGUGUAUUAAAACCUAAAAGGAAGCUUUAAGACUC